UCCCGGCCCGCAGGAGAGUUUUACUUUCCAUUUUCCCAAUCAUGUGAUUUCUCAGCACUUGGCUGCAGUGGUAACCUUGGAAUUUUGCUCCUUGCCCCCAACCCUUCCGAGCCGGAGUUCAGCUCAGGUGGCAGAAGCUGCUUCACCGCAGGGAGAGGAGCCAGAACGUCUGGAGGCUGCGGAAAGUUUAGCAUCUACAAUGUCAAGCUGCAUCAUUCAAGUUGCCAACAAGAGUCAGGGACCAGUCACGGUUGCUCUUAGCACCAAUACGGCGUUACGCUGGCUGGGUAACUCUCUGAGCGUGCCCACCCCCGAGGUAUUGCAAUCCUUCUUCACGAAGGGUGAGCUAAGAGUUUUACCUGGGGAGAAGUCAGUUGUAAAUGAAGUUAGCGUCUGGAAAAGCUUCACCUACACCGUUGGGUGCACAGGAGCCGAAUGCUAUUCCAUUAAGGUGAUGAGAGAGGAGGAUGAGUGGGUGGCUGUGUGUCCAUCCCCUCUGCAUUGCACCUGGAUCGUGGAGGAGAACAAAAUCUACCGGGAAGAUGACCCAUCGAAAUGCCAAGUCUUUGGCUUCGUGUCUGAUAAAUUCAGCUACACCAUAAAAGUUGCCAACCAAACCAAGGAAGCUGUCACCGUUGUGGUUCAUGAAGGUCUACUACCCCAAGUGCUGACUGCCGGUCCACUUGGAGUUCUAAGCCAUGUGAGAGACAGCUACUUCAACACAGGGCUUCUAGUUGAUCCAGGAAAAACAAAAACUAUUCAGAAAGUGAACCCCAAGAAUUUAUCCUCCUAUACAUCCCUUUCUAAGGUAGCGGGCAUGGUAAAAGUGCCAACCUACUGUAUAAAGGUGGAAAGGGAUAAACAGAUUGCUCAGUGUAACACGCCUAUGCAUUGUACCUGGAUCGUGGGGAGCCAUGGAAUGUGGCAAGAAAAUAAACCUGAAGAAGUUUGCCCGUUUCAGUAAUGUGCUUUUCUCCUUCCUGAUAUUUUUAUAAGCAGGCAGCAGGAGGAGACCCUAUACCUUAUAAAUCCGGGGGGCUUAGCUGGUAUUUGCUAUAAGAGCUAAAACAACAUCUGUGUGUCUAGUGAUUCUAUUUCAUGUGCCUGGUGACACAUACUUUAUCUGACACAUUUUCACUUUUGUUGAAUAAAUCACCUGCAAAUAAUUUUUCUUGCUAUUUAUAUAGCUCCACUAAGGCAAAUAAUAGCAGAAUCAGACAUCAGCAGAAUCAGACAUCAGCAGAAUGUAUUCAAUGCUUUUUGUGACAAUCAAAUAAAACAGUUUCUUCCACUUCUUUCUUUCAAAGAAGCAUCUAGACUGUUGGCUCCAAACCACCGAUUCUCUCUGUCUCUUACA